AUGGGACACCCCGACGUUCUAAGAACCCUCCUGUUCAAAGAGAAACAGACGGGUCUGAGUUCUUCCGACACUGUAAGCUCUGGCUCCCCUACGUCAUCCAGGGCAGAUGUGGCCCCCCAGAGUCUGUCCCCCCUGCCUGCCAAACGCUGGUGCAGCUUCCCACCCUCCACAGAGCGAUGGGUCAGCGAGGACGGGGUCCCCUUCCACGUCCACCAGGAAGACGGCAUCCGGAUCUGUGACGGCUUCCUGCUUGGGCACUGCCCCCAGAAGGAGAACUGCCCACUCCACCACACCCGCUACCCCUUCCACUGGCAGAUCAUGGGGAGCAGAAGGGUGGCGUGGCAGAGUCUGAGCGACUCAUCUCAGCGUCACUUGGAGAAACUCUACAGCGACGCUAAAAACGGCCUUGUGUGGUUCUUGGACAGGAACCGCUUGUUUGGGAUCCUGGACCUGGACACCAUGGAGCUGGGCUAUUUGGACGUGGUUAACAGAGUGAGGCGGCUGGGCAGCACCUCGGACUGGAAGCAGAAUCCCCGCUUCCACACCAGGUGGCAGGUGUACUGGAAGCAUAGAGACACGUGGCAGCGUUACGAGGAGUUCCAUGGCUGGAGGGAUCUGAGCUACGUUCUGACUGGCCAGCAUCUCCCGUCUCCUUAUCUCCUUAGGACAGUCCCUAGGGGCUCCCAGGGACUCUUCCAUCCUUCCACAUCCAUCAUCCCCGGAGAGAGACCUACAGAUGGGUACUGUGGCCCAUACCCAGCCGCCUGGGUUCCCCAGCCACCUCGUGGUCAGGCCUUCCUUCAUGCAGAGGUGGCCCCAUCGGAAGCGGUGUACCGCGAGAUCUGUGAGCUCUUCCAUGCGUCUCUACCUGAGGACACGGUGCUGGUGCUGAGGAUUUACAGGAUCCGGAACGAUGUACUCUGGAAAAAAUACAGCAGCCAGAAGGCGCGAAUGUCCCGAGGACUCUCGGCCCAGGAGAAGCGGCUCCUGGAGAGGCACCUCUUCCACGGGACCUCAGCCGACAACGUGGAGCCCAUCUGCCGGCUGAACUUUAACCCCCGUCUCUCCGGGAAGCACGGCGCCCUUUACGGCCACGGAAGCUACUUCUCCUUCUAUGCCAACUGCUCCCACAACUUUGCUCCGGCCAACCACGCCAACCGCCGCCACAUGUUCCUGGCCAAGGUCCUGGUGGGCAAGUGGGUGUUAGGGAGACCUGGGUACACCCAGCCGCCGGAGAGGGAGCCUGGCAGGCGGCACUAUGACUCCUGCAGCGAUGACACCCGAGAGCCCGCCGUCUACGUGAUCUUCGACAACUCCCAGUGCUACCCCUACUUCGUGAUCUGCUACAAACUGCUCAGCGACCCCGUGACGCUGGACGGCGUCAGAGCCGGUCCAUUGGCAGGGAACAGCUCCCCAGUGGGUAGGCUCAUGCAGCCCAGCUUUUCCACGCUCUAA